AUGGACCAAAUCCCGUACGUGCCAUCGGUUCUAAAAGGUAUGGACUCAAAAAAGUAUACUCAGUUGUCGUACAAUCCAAGUGCGACACCUGAAUUAAUCCUGAAGCAGUUUAAAAUGCCUGACGUGCCAAAGUAUGAUGGAACUUCUGACCCUCAGGAGCAUAUUACCUCCUACACAACGGCGGUGAAGGGGAAUGACUUAGCUCCUCACGAGAUUGAAUCUGUUUUGCUGAAGAAAUUUGGAGAGACUCUCAUGAGGGGGACCUUGACGUGGUAUUCGCUAAUUGAGCAAGGAGAGUCCGAUUUGUUGCGGGAGUUCAUUACCCGGUUCCAAAAGGAAAGGAUGUUGCUUCCGACUGUUUCAGAUGAAUGGGCGGCUGAAGCAUUCACCAAGGGUUUGAAUCCGAGUAGUUUAGAUGCUUCCCGGAAACUAAAGGAAAGUCUGCUUGAAUUCCAAGCGACGACUUGGGCGGAUGAUCACAACCGGUACGAAUCUAAGAUAAGGAUUGAAGAUGAUCAGGUUGGCUUCCCGGCAUCGGUAAAUGGUCGGGAGCUGGUUGGCUUCAAGGAGCUAGUUUUUUUCCCUACGAACGGGUCGAAGGACACGAUAGAGGUUUCCGAUAGGCGGAUAGGUUCACUACCGACAGAAAAACUGAUCACGGUCCGAGCAAUAGAUCAUUACAGGAUAAAGAAUCGUCAUAGGGAUCCCAACUUAUUGUGUGAGUAUCACGGGACGAAUGGACACCGGACUGGGGACUACCAACAUCUACGGGAAGAGGUGGUGACACUAUUAAAGAACGGGCAUCUGAGAGAAUUCUUAAGUGACCGUACCAAGAACAACUACGAUCGCAACUGGGAUAACGCGGAAUCUUCGAAAGCAGGAGAAGAUCCCAUGCGCCAGACAAUUAGCAUGAUUUUUGAGGGGAACGAGAUCAAUGGAGUUACUUUCUCGACAGCAAAGAAGACAAAGGUAUUAAUAACACAUAGCAAGAGACUCCUAAAAGUUGCCGAUGACGACAUCACUUUCACGGAGGAAGAUGCAGACAGAUUGUUGCUACCACACAACGACGCAUUGGUAAUUCAUUUAUAUGUUCUACAUCUCAAAAUCAAACGUGUUUUAGUGGAUCCUGGAAGCUCAACCAGUAUCAUACAAUGGAGGGUAUUGAAGCAAGCUAAACUCACCGGGAGCAUUAUUCCGGCCACAAAGCUCCUUGCCGGGUUCAACCUUGUGAGCGUGACAAACCGAUGA